AUGCCGCACCAAACCGCCCGUCCGUCUCACGUCAUUUCUACCGUCACUCAUGAACAAGACCCCGAGAUACUUGAACUCCUUCGGUCCGCCGUUUUCCUGCAGAACCGCGGCCUCAGAUUUGGAGCUGCUGACUCUCAUCCCGACUGCUUCACGCUCGGCUGCAAACCGCCCCUGUGCAUGCUGGGAGGUCACGACAUCUCUGUAGUUGACGCCACGACGACGUCCUCAGAGUUCGUGCAGAGGAAGCGUUCGGCUUCAGCCGGCCUGGAUGCCGUCAGAUUCAAAGAACCAAAGAUGGAGAUGAACUCAGAAACUGCCGCCAGAGACGACUGCGUCCAAAUCCACCAGCACGACAACAUGAAGGAACUGUUUGAGAUGAUGAUGCAGUCGGUCACGUCUCUCGCCGCGUCUUUAGCCUCCUCGCACUCGUCCUCGCAGCCCUCGGAGCAGCUGAUGCCUCCCGCGGCGCAGCUGGACCUGCAUCACCUCCAGACCGCCCGCGGCGUGCUGCAGUCCUCCAGGCCGAAGACGGAGGAGCAGGAGGUCGAGCUGCUGGACCAGAGCGACGGAGAGGAGGAGUGUGCGCCCGCUGCGUCUCCCAGGCCGAGCCGGGCCAAGAGGAGGAGCGGCGACGGUCUGCUGGAGGAGUUCCUGCGGAGGAUGGAGGCCAGGGAGGCGCAGAGGGACCGGGAGCAGAGAGACGACGUCACGCUGUUCCUGCUGAGCCUGGCUCCGGCCCUGAGGAGACUCCCCGCGGAGAAACAGUCCUGGAUCCGGACCAAGAUCCAGCAGUUUGUGCAUGAGGCCGAGUUCGGUGCAGCGAGUUUUCAGUGAUCCCCCAAAUAUUUUACAUUUUUAUAAACACUGAAAGGAUCCCAUAUUUACGGACUUUAACAAUCAUUAACGUGCUUAUUGAGUUCUUUUUUUAUGAUGCGUUGACUGAACUUUUCCUCUUUUCCGAUGUUUUGUUCUGUUUUUAAUAAAAAUU